AUGUCAAAUAUACAAUCAAUGAAUGUCGAUAAUCAAAAUUCAAUGUCAACAAUUGAUAAACAAAUAAUUGAUUCAUCAAAUCGAAAUCAUAUUGAUACAAAUAAACAUUAUAUGAUUAAAACAACAAAUUGGACAGAACGAAUUAAAAAUUAUUUUAUUACUAAUGAUGGUCGAAUAGUAUUAGCUGAUUUUUUUUUUACAUUAUUAUGUGUUAUUCUUCAACAUAUUAUGGGUACAUGUGAACAUUCAAUAAGUAAUGGUACGACAGUUAUUAAAUGGUGUGUUUUUACUCCACCAUUCGGAGCUGGUCCACAUACAGCUGUUUACUUUUUUGUUCUUUCAUGGAUAACUUUAGUUUAUUGUAUUGAACGUAUUUGGAUUUAUUUAAUAACGGAUGUACGUACAUCGAAAAAACGUGAUCUUAUUGUACAUGGAAUAAUUGUUAUUUUAUAUUUUAUUGCAUUGGGUUUUAAUAUUUGGGGUUAUGUUCUAUGUGAAAGUACAAGUCAACUAAAUACAUCGAAAACUUUUACACCAGGUGUUUGUCGAGGAGAUAGUCAAGCAUGUAUUCCAUUGAUUGCUGGUGUUUUAACAUCAUGUGCAGCUGCUUGUGCAUUUUUUUCUGAACAUAUAGUUGCUUUAAUGAAAUUAUUAAGAAAUCGUCAAGAAUCGAAUGGUUCGAUAUCAAAUCGAAUUUUACUUUAA